AUGAGCAGUAUCAGACACACUUCAACAAAAGACAGACUGCAGCCAAGUGGACAUGGAAGGUUGGAUAUGUUAGAACAAGUAGGAGAAACAUUCAGUGGGAUGGCUCGUUGUCCUUAUGAUCCAAAACAUGGAAAUGUUGCUCUGUUUGCAGAUGGAAUGCUCUUUACAGCUACAGUGACAGAUUUCCUUGCAAUAGAUGCUGUCCUUUAUCGCAGUCUUGGAGAACGUCCAGCUCUACGAAGUGUUAAACAUGACUCCAAAUGGCUCAAAGAUCCGUAUUUUGUCAAUGCUGUGGAAUGGAAAGAUCAUGUGUAUUUUUUCUUCAGGGAGACCGCAGUAGAAUUCAGCUACCUUGAGAAGGUAUUUUUUCAAUUAUAA